GCGGCUUCCUGCUCUCUCGCCCGGCGCCGCCAUGGAGGACGAGCCUCCUCCGGUUGAGGAGCGGCGGCGGCUCCAGCAGGAGCUGAGCGACUUCGUGGAGAGUUGCUGCCGGACACUGGAGGAGGUGACGGCGUCGCUGGGCUGGAGCCUGGACCGGUUGGACCCUGGGGACGAGGAGGAGGCGCCGGAGGAUGAAGUUGUGAUAUGCCCUUAUGAUUCCAAUCAUCACAUGCCUAAAUCAUCUUUAGCAAAGCACAUGGUAUCAUGUAGAUUGAGGAAACUGGGCUACACCAAAGAAGAAGAGGAUGAGAUGUAUAAUCCUGAAUUUUUCUAUGAGAAUGUGAAGAUACCUUCAGUUACGUUGAAUAAGGACUCACAAUUCCAGAUAAUUAAACAAGCUAGAACUGCAGUUGGAAAAGAUGGUGAUUGUUAUAAUCAAAGGAUUUAUUCUUCUUUACCUGGUGAAGUUCCUCUGAAUCACAAACGGUUUGUUUGUGAUCUAACCCAAGCUGAUCGUCUCGCCAUCUAUGAUUUUGUAAUUGAGGAGACAAAGAAAAAGCGUUCCAGUUCUCAGAUCAUUGAAAAUGACAGUGAUCUCUUUGUAGACUUGGCUGCGAAAGUCAAUCAAGAUAAUAGCCGGAAAAGUCCAAAAUCUUACCUUGAAAUCCUGGCGGAAGUGAGAGAUUAUAAAAGAAGACGCCAGUCCUACAGAGCUAAAAAUGUUCAUAUAACCAAGAAAUCAUACACUGAGGUGAUCCGGGAUGUGAUCAAUGUACACAUGGAAGAACUCAGUAGUCAGUGGCAGGAAGAGCAGGAAAAAGCCGAGGAUGAUGCUGAAAAGAAAGAAGAAAGGCGAUCAGCUUCAGUAGAUUCACGGCAGUCUGGUGGAAGCUAUUUGGAUGCUGAAUGUUCACGACAUAGAAGGGAUCGAAGUAGGAGCCCACACAAACGAAAGAAAAGUAAAGAUAAGGAUAAAAACUGGGACUCAAGAAGAAAGAAAGAGAGGGAUGGGGAAAGACACCAUAGUCACAAAAGAAGAAAGCAGAAAAUAUAAAUGCAGUGUUUGUGUAUGUAUUAAUUAUGCCAUGAAAACCAGUAUGCUGAUAUUUUCAUUGUAAUUGCUUUGAGUAGGGGAAUGUAUUUUUCUGGUCUGUUUAGUGCUCAGAUCAUUCUUUUUCAAUAAAUACUUAGGUCCCAAACCAUGCCUAUACUAUUAUGCCCUGUAACUUUGCUUUCCUUAUUGUUACAGAUGAUUUGCUUCUUUUUAGUGAUUUUGUUUCAUUCUUUUUUGGUACUAAUGCAUCAUAACAUUCUUUAAUUAAAAAUUCAAUGCUUAAUUAUAUAAGUAAUACGUAAAUACAUUCUCAUUGUGAAAAAUUGGACCUUGUAAAUAAGGCUGAGGUACUCUUGGGGCACCACCUGCAAUCCCUCUGCCCACACCACAGGUAACUGCUGUUUCCUCUCCAUUGGUGAAUUCUAACAGGGAAACACAACCUCAGUAUUUAUCAGAAGGGGUGCAACCUGGCUAAAUAAAAUGUGGCUUAGUUAUGGAAUAGAUUACUAUGUUGGAGUUAAAAGAAAUAAAUGAAAUCUAUAUUAACAUGGGCAGAUCUGAGAAACAUAAUGCUAAGUGAAAAUAGCAAGUUGCAGAAAGAUACAUGCAGUUUAUAUCUCUGUAAAAAAAAAUGCUGUACAUUUUCAGUGGUUAAAUAUGUAUAUAAAUAUCUUUUAAGCAUACCGAAGAAUCUAUACCAAACUGAUAGCAGUGGUUAUUUGGAGAAAGGGUGGAGGUGGGAGAGAUUAGGGGUGGAGACAGACUGGGAGGGUGUAGAGAGAACUCUAGCUUUAUUCACAAUGUAUUAAUUUUUAAAAAUAAGGUAUCCAUAUUUCAUUAAUGAAUUAAAAAAUAAUUACAGCUAUACUGUCUUUGGUUUUUUUAAAAUCUACUUUAUUGAGGUAUUAUUUAUAUGCAAUGAAAUCCUCCCCCUUAAAGUGUACAUUUUAAUGAGUAUUUACAAAUAUAUGUAUAUAUUCCCCUGAGUAACCACCACAGCAAUCAAGAUAUGGAACAUUUCCAUCACCCCAAAAGAUCCCUUGUACCCCUUUCUCAGUCAUUUCUCCCAACCACAGCCUCAGAUAACCUACAGUUCCUCUUUUUGUUAAUAUAGAUUCGAUUUACCUUUUCUAGCAUUCAUGUCAUGAAUAAUAUUAUAAGUAGUUCUGUCUGCCUUCUUCUACUCAGCUCAUUUUUGAGACUCAUCCAUGUUGUGUGUGUUAGUAGUUCAUUCCUUCUGUGCUGCUGAGGAUAUUGUAUUGUAUCAUGGGUCAUUCAGGUGAAACUUUGGCAUUGAAUGUUAAGCAUCUCAAGGCCAAGUGGCAACGUGUCAUGGACUUGAAUCUUGGAAACCCAGGUUAAAGAUUCCUUUGUGGUUUCCAAAUAGAUAUGAAACCUGAAUUACUUCAUGUUAUCUGACAAUGACAGAGUGAUUAGAUUUAGAUCACAGUGGGUGUUAGGCUUCAGGUCUGGGAAACAGCUCUCAGAUUUCUAAGUUGGAAAUCAGUAGGUCGCCUGUCAAGAUAUAGUCCUCCUAUAGCCAUUGUAUUGAUUUCUAAAAAUCACGACGGCAUGGACUUGGGAAUUACUAUAAUAUUGAGCCAAAUGAAAUUGCUGCUUGAGUUAUUGUCAGUUUCAUACCAGAGAGAAUUAUUUCAGUGAUUUUACUAGCUGGAAGAAACUAAAGAGUAAACUAAACUAAAGAGUAAAAUUGAUGGGCAUACUUAGAUUAAUACUUAGAAUAUUUAGAGUAAUACUAGAUUUUUACUAGAAGAGGGAAAUAAGUGGAAAGGAAACGAUUUAAAGUGUAACUAGAAUUUUCUAAAGCCCAAAUGUUUAUGUAUAGCAUCAACUACUGCAGACUAUCCAAUGAAAUGAAAAACUGGAUGGAAAGAGACAUUGUCUGAUCUUUGAAAGUGUUAUUAAUUUUCCAUACUUUUUUUGUGUUUCAGACUCCUUUACUGAAUUAUGAGCUCAUUGAGAGCAGGGUUUAUAUCUUCAUCAGUGUAACUGGCACUAUUGUAAUAGUUAUUGAUAUGUCAUUUUAGAUUUUAACAAAAGUAUUUGGAAGCCCCUGUCACCUGAUGUCUACUUUUGGUUUAUAAAAUGCUGCUGCUAAUAGUUAAUUUUGACUACUGUGUAUCCUAUUCAUCCAUCAAGUGACACCUCCUACUACUUGCUAUGAAUAAUAUUCCUUCCUGAACUCUCCUUACAAUGCUAAUAACAGUUAACAUUUAUUGAGCAUUUGCUAUGUGAUGACUGUUCAAAGCUCUUUCUAUUAAACUUAACUCUUAUACAA